UCGUUCGAUCACCUGGGAUAUGGCAGCUCAGCCCUUUGUGAAGUCGAGUGAACUGAGUUGAGCGAGCCCUGGAAUCGAGGGGAACUUCCCGGAUUAACCGUGUGUGAAGAAAGUGGCCGCAGUGAGACCGCCUCAUCAGCAGAAGUACUCGAAGAACCAAAUCGCUAAAGAACCAAAGAAAACUCAGAAGAGAUCGAACUCUAGCCAAGUGUCGCGAUGAUGACUCGAUUAGGUGCUGCAAUUUUCCUCGCGAGCUUGCAACUCGUCUCGGGAAGAAUUACCGACGAACGCUCCGGCGAUAUACGGAGACCGUUCUAUAUAAUCGCCCACAUGGCGAACUCCAUUCCAACGAUGGAUUUGUUCCUCAGAGAGGGCGCGAACGCUGUGGAGCUCGAUGUGACGUUCGAACCGAACGGAGCGGCUUGGUGGGUUCAUCACGGAGUUCCCUGCGACUACUUUCGAGUUUGUCACGAGUCUACCCAAUUGGUCGACUAUCUCCAAGCCGCAGCUACUCGAAAUAUCACUCUGAUCUUCCUCGAUCUCAAAAGUUACAAACUCAGUCCAGAAGCGAAAGAAUUCGCCGGAGUCGACCUCGCUCUCAAGCUGUCAGGGCACUUCUUCGAUAAGGGCGGUCAACAAACAAAUGUUGUCCUGUCGGUGCCGUAUGUGACGGAGAAACAGCUCCUCGCGUCCUUCAUCGAGAAGAUGAAGUCAUUGAAACCCGAGCAGCUAUCUAAGAUCUCCUACGACGUCUCGGAAAACCCAGAUUUCAGCGUUGUGGGGAAGAUGUUUCGCGAUCUCAACGUCACCUCUGCGUGGCAAGGCGACGGCGUGACCAAUUGGUUCGAGCCCUUCCGGGGCUUCUCCAGAGUACGUGAUGCGGUCGAGCUCAGAGACCAAGGCAACGUUUACAUCAAGAAGGUGUAUCGUUGGACUGUCGAUUACAAGGGACACAUCCGACAGCUCAUAGAUCUUGGCAUCGAUGGUGUGAUGACGAACAAUCCGUCGCGAGCUUAUCAGGUCGUCAGAGACCUCAAGGAGAUCCGUCUCGCGGGAAAGAAGGACAAUAUCAACGACAUAUUCUCACUCUAGUCAACGGAUCGGUGUCGUCGUGCUCGCUAUAAUUCAGCCGAGCUUUCUAGUCUUCUACGUGCUCAUUUCCACCUCAUCAACAUCGAACAUGUUUCUCUCGUAUUGAAUGAGAGAAACAUGUUGAGCGUUGUACCAGAGCUGCAACGCUCGCUCAGACUUUGUGAGGCCCAAAACUUGU